UCGUAUGACCUACAAAAAGAAGAGCGCUCACGGAAAUGACGUAAUAUUUAUAAACAAGCGGGAUAUUUUAAAGACUUGCAAAAUAGUAGUUUACUUUAAAGAAAAAAAUGGAGGAAAUUACCCCAAGGACUGUUAUCCAAGGAUUCAUGGAUGCUGCACAAACAAAUGAGACAGAGCGUCCCAGUAGGAAGCGCAAACGUUUGACAAGAACACCAGAGGCUGAUAGCAGGCUUAGUCGAUCCUUACCUUCCACAGAAAUCCGACUACACCAGCAGGAUGAAGACAUCACACAUGAGAUGAUUGAAAGCACACCAGUAAAAACAAGGUCUGUGUGGAAGAAAAGAGAGUCUAUGGUAGAUUCUGUUAGACGAAAGAGAUUCCAUUUUCAGCACUCAGUUACAGAAUUAUCUAAAUCCUAUACAAACUCUCCAUCAAGCAAUCAGAGCAAGGUCACACAGGAUACCAGCCUGGGGUCAGGGAUACCAAGAAGAAAAUCACCAAGAAUAGCAACUCAGAUGGAAACCACAUCAAUAAAUCAGGAGCUGUCUACCAAUGACUCUCGAAUAUCUACCAAAAUGAAAACUAAGAGGGAAAGAAGUCGGUUUCAUUUUUCAGUUCAGGACGUUUCGACUACAUCACCCAUGCAAAAUAAAAGUGGCACAUUGAUGGCAUCUCCUCCUCCUAGAUCCUCCCCUAGGCGUCAGUCUUCUGCUGGGAAACAGGUAGAAUCCACCACUCUAAGAUCCUCGCUCAGAACAGCAUCACCAAGGAAACAAAAUACACCUGUUGCUCAGAUGACAUCACAGUCAACUGGAGGACAGCAGAAUUUGUCGGAGGAGGGAUCUGCCACUUUGCAGUCCACACAAAGGAGAAUACGUCGCAGUUCAGCCAUGGCUACUUCACCUUCCAAAACAAGGAAUCUGACGGGAACUCCUAGCAGGUGGCAAACUGAAGCUAGUUAUGGAGGAGCAGAACAUUCUGGAUUGCAUACAGAGAAUAUGUCUCUGGGACCAAACACCCAGAAGGAUUUGAAUGAAGAAAAUGCUUUGUCCGCCAAUGUUUCUUCAAGAGAAAGAAACAGAUCAGAAGUUUCUGAUGAGAAUGAGGGCUUAAUGGAGACACCAAGAAAAACCACCAGUCUAAAUGAAGCACAUCCAUCUACAAUGUUAACAAGAAGUAGACAGGAAGAAAGUUUGGUGAGGACACCAGAUAAAAGCAGUAACCAGAAUCUUCAAAACAGAACUCCAAACAGAAGUCUACGGUCGACAGACUUUCAGAGGGUCAAAAUGUCAGCAAGUAAGAACAUCAAUCAAUCUAGGACUGAAAGCCCAUCUUACAUUGAAAGUCCAUCAAGAAAAAAUACAACACUGAAACAACAGUCAGGUAGAAGGAGUCUGAGACCAACUGCAUCUCCAGCGAAAAACAUUACUGAGAGAUCACCAUUAGCCAUGCAACAACCAAUAAACAGUGCGAGCCUGAUACAUGAUACACCUAGUAAGGAGACAUUGAUAACUCCCGUGUUUGAGCGUACAGCACUGGGACCAAGACAUUCCAGUCCUGUAUCAAGAACUCAUCACAUCUCAAUGACUGGAGAUGAAAACUUACCUGAUGUUUCCAUGAUUGAGAGUCAGGGAAGAACAGAUUUUCAAGAUGACUUUGACAGGACAGAGUUAUUCCGACUUAAAACCCCUCACCUGGGCCCAGCCAGACCUCAUGUCCCCACCCCAUCUGACACCCCCGCCGACUCCCCCAUCUCACAAACUCUGAAGAAAAAACCUCCAGUCAAGUCACAAACUCUGAAGAAACCAAGAGUGAAGGUUCAGUCCAGUACUCUCCCAGCAUCUACCAUUAAACAGACUUUCAGUCAUUUUUGCAAGAUGAGGGUGGAUAAAGACACACUGCCUGAGCUUGUUAAAAUAACUGAAGAAUAUUUUGAUCAAGUUGCCCAUGAUCUGGAAGCAUUUGCUCAUCAUGCAGGAAGAAGAACCAUUGAUGAGAGAGAUGUUGAACUACUUCUUAAAAGGCAGAAGUUUAUCACCAAGACCACAUCACUGACCCACCUUGUAGAAAAAUACCUUCCUCUAGAGCUCCGCCAGGAAAUUAUACCAAUAGCUCGAUCAGGAAAUAAAAUAUUCCCACAGCGAUGAUGGACAUUUUUGUUGAACUUUCUAGAAAAUUGUUAUUUU